AUGUUUUGGCCAGCGAGCGCACAACUUGGUGCCAACAGUUGGCGCAUGAACGAAGCUCAGGCUGAGCCGAAAGCGGACCCUACAGCUGUCAUUGGGUUGGGGACAGCGAAACCAUCCCUUGACUUACACACAGCACCGGAGGCCUCCAAUUUGGAGCAACUCAUUGAAUCGAAGCUAAAUGAGACAGCCAAGCAACACGGACAUGUGCACUCACAGGACGUAUUGUCCAGGAAACGACGCUAUUUGGUAUUUCCGGAAGGCAGCUCCUUUCAGAUGGUGUACGAUGAAUACGUAUGUGUGGUGGACUUCACCAAUUAUUUGGUGCUGGGAAUUACCGUCGCCUUGGCUUGGGAAUUACCGAGUAAGCCGCCCAGCGAGCUCCUUGAAGAUGUUCGCACAAAGCUCCUUGACGAAGGCAACAUAGAAGUUAGUCGCAAUGACACGGCGUCAAAUAUUACUUACGUGGAUAACGCCAAGCAGCCACAACAAGGUUCUCCAGGAAGUUACACUGGCUAUAGCCCCAAUUAUAUUAACUUUGCGAAGCCCAGUGCAAGCAAUGCCUAUUACAGCAUGGCGCCUGUUUUUCACACACCCAUGCAUCCUUCUUAUAAAUACGCGGACAGUUACUACCGCCGACCAACAGUCCCUCCCGGCUGGCGUAGAAAGGAUAAUCACUACUACUCCUACUACAAUCGGGACAGCAGCAGCCGCAAUCCAUUCGAGAAGUGGACCAAGCCGUUUAAUCAAGUGGCUUCACAUAAAAUAACUCGCUUUCCCUACUGGGCGUUGGCCUCACGCCUAAGGGACACGAUGCGCAAACAUCAUUCUUACUACACCGGGAUGCCGAGUCAGCAGUACGCAUCACCCCCACUCGAAAGACGUCAGGGCGUUGCGCCAGACGGGGGCACGUAUAUAACCUCAAGGAAACCGUUUACACGCCAUCAUCGUAUUUUUUCGGUGUUUGGAAAACGCAGUAUACCGGAUCCAGGCAAUCCGCACCAUCGCCAGCGACGUAGUGGUGUGGCCAGCGAAAGCGAGGCCGAGCUAAGCAGAUUGGAUCGCAUACAAAUCAAGUAUCAUCGCACUAGUCGACAGGCAUUAUAUGAACGCAUCGAAAAGUAUUUGAAUAAACGUGGUCAGCACGGUCAUCACUGCGUUUUGCGUACACUAUGCGAAACUGGUCAAAAGUCCCAUGAAAAGGAGCCGGGCACUUUUGUGGGCGAACUCAUGCGCGCCGUCUUUACCAUUCCCGAAGCAUUGGAGGACGAACCGGUCGCCUAUCAGAAUGCACGCUAUGACAAGGCCCAUGCCCACAACGGAGAUUGUGCCGCUCUCUAUCCAGAAUGCAAGCAAUCCAUGUGGGAGGCAAACUUUGUACAAUAA